AUGCCAAGAUAUGUUCGAAUUGACCCUGAAGAGUUUACUCUUCUUCAACCAAAAGUAUUCUUCCUGUCAAUCAUCGUCAUGACGAUGAUUGUAUUAUUAUUUCAAAGUAACAUAGACAAAGAUAGUCUUAUUGAAUUUUCAAAAAAUAACGUAGUUGAGAAUUCUUUUUGUCUCUCAAGUUUCAAUGUUACAAAAACAUUUGGAUUUCAUAAUUAUACGGAAUAUCUGCGCGGUGAACUUCCACUUAUAAUUGCAGUUCCACAUGGUGGCCACAUUCUUCCCAAAGAUUUACCGGAUCUUACGAAUUGGUACUCCGAAGACUAUAUACGUUUCAAUGAUGUAAACACACAGGAACUUGCUCGUGUUGUGGCCCAGCAGUUAAUGAUCGAGUUCGGUGGUCGUGAAGUCUACAUGGUAAUUAAUCAUUUGAAUCAACGUAAGGUGGACGUCAAUCGACCCUACGAACAAGGUACCAAACCGAAUAUUGAUUCUCCGAUGGAAUCUUCAGAAUCGCAACUUGCUUGGAAAAGUUAUCAUGAAUUUUUGAGGAAUGCCGUCGAUGAGGUGGAAGCACGUUUCGGGAGAGGAUUAGUGAUUGAUUUUCAUGGUCAUGCACACCAGGAAGAAUAUAUCGAAGUGGGAUAUCUUUUACCGGCAGAUUUACUCGCUCUCCCGGUUCACACGCUCAACACAAAUUCUUCAAUUCAUAACUCCUCGAGCAUUCGUUCGCUAUAUUAUCGAAUGUUCGAUUCACAAAUCACAUUCACGUCUUUAAUUCGCGCCGAUGUUCUAUCACUAGGCGGUCGCCUACAAAUGUUGGGCUAUCACACAGUUCCAUCUCAAGCUCAUCAUUAUCCAACGAUUAACGAAAGUUAUUUGCAUGAUGGUGGUGGUGGUUAUUCUGUUCGCACGUAUGGUUCGUCAGAUGGAGGAAAAGUUGACGCCGUGCAGUUAGAAAUACCAAAGAAAUUCCGAAUUGGAAUGGAAGCAUCCCAUCGAUUUGUUGUUGAUUUAGCUGAUGGGAUAGGCUGGUUCUUUAAAACAUAUUAUUGGGGUCGCAUAGAAUGGUAA